CCGCAGCCAGUUCCUGUCAGUUAGAAGAAGAUGGCGGCUGUGGAGGGGGAUCGUUGCGCUUGGCGCCGCGGCCACUUACAUACUCACUGUUAAAGCCUUACUCGCAUGUUUAGCUUUCGAAUUUCUCACUGUUGCACUUUACAUUAAUGAGAGGAUUGGAAGUUAACGCUACCAAAGAAACUCAAGAGAAACAAAACAGGGAUAGAGUGCAAGAAAAGGAGGGACAGUUGAUGGAAGAAAGGAAAAAGAGAAAAGACGACAAGAAGAAAAAGGAAGCCGCUCUGAAGAAGGCAAUUGAACAAAAAAGCAAAGUGCCAGCACCAUCUAAGACCAGUCAAAGCCAGCUUCAGCCUGCCAACUCUAACAGCGGCACUUCCAUAAAUACCAGCAACAAUAGCAAUGCCAAGCGGGACCCAGCCAACACUCAGCAGCAAGCCUUGUCUCGAUAUCCUCCUCGUGAAGUACCGCCACGCUUUCGACACCAGGAGCAAAAGCAACUGCUGAAGAGGGGCCAGCAGCUACCAUCAACAGCUGGGACUACAACAUCGGUAAUCACAAGCCAAACGGGAAGCAGUGCUGUUACUGUGCAGGCAGUGACCAACGGGCAGCUGCAAUAUAGCAGCAAACCAUUGACAGGCAUGCCUCCCAUUCGGGAUUUGGUCAGCCACUCCCCUAACCAGUCAGAUUUAAACCACAGUGGUUUGGGAUCGCAUUAUGAAAAUUCUCACUGGGGACCUGUAUCUAUCAACAGCGAUUCUACUACAAAUUGGGAUAAAGUUAUUGUAGACGGGUCCGACAAAGAAGCCUGGCCUUCAAUCACUGGCAGUGACCCAGAGUUAGCUUCAGAAUGUAUGGACAUUGAAUCUGCUUCAAGCUCUGGGUCAGAGAAGAACCUCCGUACUAUGGCUUCAGGGAGCACAGUUAGUGAUGGCGAUGGCAACAGAACGGGCAGUGGAAAUGGUUCUUCAAGUCAGUUUGUGGUUGGAAAUGUCAGCAAUAAUGUAGGAAAUGGUAGUAUUAAUGGGCCUUGGGGUGGAUCUCGAGGCUCUAUAUCAAGCACAUGUCAGGGUUCUGCAGAAAACGUGGAUGGCAAACCAGAAAACAGCCAUGGUCAACUGAAUGCAUGGGGCAGUAUUGUUUCCACGUCCAAUGGUUCAUUGAAGCAGAAUGGUUUGAAUCCAAAUACCAACCUAGGUGCCUGGCCUUUGUUGGAAAACGAUGGAAAUACUGUGCAAGGACCUGUGCCAGGUAGCAAUUCUGGCAGCAAUGUUCAACGUAGCACUGUAGGUCAAAUGCUGAAUAAUCAGAGUGUUAACAUUGGACUAUCAGCUCCUAGUUCAUGGGGAGGUCUGCAGGAGAAUUCUGAUGCAGAAGUGAAUGGUACAAGGAAGGUUUCAUUCAGUGGACAACCUCAAAACCUUAACACUGAAAUGAAUGGACCAAAUAACACUACUAACCCAUUGACCUCUAGCUUACCAAACUCUACUAGUUCAAUGCAGACAAAUGAACUGCCUAAACAUACAGGGCCUGGGGCCUGGGGUGCACCCUUAGGAAUGAGCACAGUUAAUCCAUCUCAGCUUCAGGCCUCCUCAGUAACAAAUGGCACUUCAGUUUCUCAACUUGGCAAUGGAGGAAUCAGUGAGGGAAUGAACAGUGGGUCUUAUGGUACGACUUGGGGUACACCUGGCACUAACUACUCUGGAGAAAAAUGUCCAGGCCCUAGCUGUAAUUUGGGGCAAGCUAGUGGGGACACUGUGAAUGCAACUCUAGCACAAUCGGCUACUAAUGGCUCUGGAAGUACUGCUUACAAAAAUAAUGGUGGAAGCAAUAGAGGAGGAGUAACAUGGGAGUCUGGUGUGGUCAACUCCCAUAAUGUGACCUGGGGAGCAGGGAACAGUUUAGGCUCUGGAGGGACUCGCAAAGUCUGGGGAAACCCAGCACCAAAUGCAAACACUGGCACUAAGAUCUCAAAUGGAGAAUGGAACAAACUGCCUAACAAUCAGCAUUCCAGCAAUGGUCUAAAUGGAAGUAGUAAUAGGAAGGGAACAAAUGGGUGGAAAAGUCUAGAUGAUGCUCUUUGUGGUCAGGAUCAAAACUCUGCAUCUCAGCCAAGUGAACAGAACAAUUUAUGGGUUAAAACUUCAACAUCAUGUACUGCAGACAGUGAGGGGAGCACAGAAAGUACAGGAAGUCGUCACGAUAGAAUGAGUGUAGGAAGCAGUGAUGGCAAUAACCGACGUGGUGAAAAGAGAAAGCCUGACCAACCAGUAAUGGCUCAAAAUAUCGUGAAUAGAUCAGACUUGGACCCUCGUGUCCUGUCCAAUACAGGUUGGGGACAGACUCCAAUUAAACAGAACACUGCCUGGGAUAUUGAACCUUCAGCAAAGAGUGAAAGAAAAACUGACAAUGGGACAGAGGCCUGGGGAUGUUCUGUUUCCCAGGCUUCAAACUCAGGGGGAUGGGGGGAUGGGCCUCGCCCAAAUAGUAAUGAUACCUCAUCAGUAUCCGGGUGGGGGGAUCCAAAGCCUGCUACAGUCUCUUGCAACACGGGGUGGGGAGACACCAAAGGCUCAAGCAGCCAAGGGGGUUGGGAGAAUAAUUCUGCUGCUACAGGAACAGUAAAAAGCAAUCAAACAUGGGGAGGUAACAAAGAAGAAAAGUUAGCUGCGUGGAAUGAUGCACAAAAGGUCAAACAGGGAUGGUCUGAUGGACAGAAAUCAAGCCAGGGUUGGGGACAGUCUGCACCUGAUGGGUGGGGAGAGAAUUCUAGGAGUGGCCAGUGGGGGGAAUUACAAAAGACUGGUGCAGGCAGUUGGGAUAAUGACAGUGAAAGGUCUGCGCCUGGUUGGAAUGAACCCGGGAGACCAGGUGCAGGCCGAGGCACGUGGACAAGUAGCAACAAUCCAGAUUCUAAUAAUACUACAGGCUGGGGGGAGCCUGCCAAGGCUGCUCAGUCCCAAGGCUGGGGAGAGCUAGCCAAUGCUGCUCAGUCCCCUCAGGGCUGGGGGGAGACCUCUAAGGCUCCUCAGUCCUCCCACGGAUGGGGGGAGACUUCCAAGCCUGCACAACCUCCCCAGGGCUGGUGCGAGCCUGCCAAGCCUGCACCAGCUCCCCAGGGCUGGGGGGACCCCUCCAAGUCUGCUCAGUCCCCCCAAGACUGGAGGGAACCAACCAAGUCAAGUAAUUCUGCAGACUGGCACAAGCCACAGGAUGGUAACAGCCCUUGGGCCAAUAAACCACCUAGCCAGGGGUGGCAUAAUGGGCCGAUGCCAGCACCAUCAAAAGAGGAGGAACCUACAGGUUGGGAGGAACCUUCCCCAGAGUCUAUUCGCCGCAAAAUGGAAAUCGAUGAUGGUACCGCUGCCUGGGGGGACCCAAGCAAGUACAACUACAAGAGUGUUAACAUGUGGAACAAAAACAUGCAGAGUAACAGCAAUGGCUCAGAGCAGCCAGCGCAAAUCCUGUCCUCGCCAACGACACCGCAGCCCCCGCCGCAGCACCAACAACAGCUGCCGCAGCAAAUGCCACCACCAAGUGCCAUUCAAAGCAAAGAGAGUAAUGGCUCCGGCUGGGGCGAAUCUUGCACUGUUCAGACAAAGCCAGAUUCCUCUUGGGGAGGACCACCUGCUCUAACAGUGACAGUGGACAAUGGAACAGCAGCCUGGGGGCAGCCGAUGGACACAGGAGCCAACUGGAGAGAGCCGGUUAAUGACAGUCCUGGCACCUCUGGAUGGGGCAACACCCCAGCUGCCCCACCACCUCCAAAUAGACCUGGUCCCAAACCUAUGCAAGAUGGCUGGGGUGAUGAGGAAACAUUGGUGUCAGGACCUCGUCACUCUAGCUGGGAGGAGGAGGAAGGGGACUCGGUGAUGUGGAACAGCAACAUCUCACAAGAUAGUAACUCUUCUUCAAACUGGACAUCCAAAAAGAUGGCUCCAAAGGGCAUGAUGAAAGGGGGAAAUAAACAAGAUGAUAUAUGGAUGAAUCAGUUAAUGAAGCAAUUCUCUAACAUUGGAUUUCCUAGGGAAUCAGCUGAAGAUACAAAGAGCAAUAAGAUGGACAUACCUGUUGGUAUGCUACGAGAUAAGAGAAUGGAGAUGGACAAGCAUGGCAUGAACAUUGGAGAAUAUAAUGGCAUUAUAGGGAAAGGUCAUACUUCUCGUCCUCAGAUUUCCAAAGAGUCUUCCAUGGAACGCAGUCCUUAUUACGAUAAGUUGUCUCUGUCUUUGUCCAAUCAAGAUGGCAUUAUGGCUGAAGAGCCCCAAACCCUAACGCACAUCUCUGCACCAAGCAUGAAGCUUCCCCCUUCAAACUGUGCACUACCUAAUCAGGCUCUUGGCUCAGUGGGUCUGGGCAUGCAAAACUUGAAUUCUGUUAGACAGAAUGGCAAUCCUAAUAUAUAUGGCGGCAGCAAUGCAGCAGCACAAGCCAGGGGCAUGCAACAGCCCCCAGCACAACCUCUUAACUCAUCUCAGCCUAAUCUUCGCGCUCAAGUGCCUCCUCCAUUAUUAUCCCCUCAGGUUCCAGCAUCAUUACUGAAGUAUGCAACAGCCAACGGGAGCCUAAACACUGCACUAUUGAACUUUGGCCCCCAGCAAGUGGCCAUGCUGAACCAGCUCUCCCAGUUGAACCAGCUGAAUCAACUUUCACAGAUCUCCCAACUACAGCGACUGCUACAGCAGCAACAGAAGGCACAGAACCAGAGGAAUAUGUCUGGACCCAUGCGUCAGUCUCAAGAACAGGCUGCUCGUGUACUCAACAUGCAACAGAUGCUGCAAAAUCCCCGUCAACUGGAUUCAAGCCUUCUGAAGCAGCAGUCUUCGUCACAGCAGCAACCAAUGCAUCAGUCCUCCAUGAAGCCCUUCCCGGAGAAUCUCAUGCCCCCUUCCCCCCACGAGCUGCAGUCAAAAGAGCCGCCGCUCAACUCAUACAGCAGCUACCCUCUAGGUGGGUUUUCCCAACCCAGUCAUGGGCAAUCUGACUCCAUGAUGUCCGAAUCUGCUCACCUUGCCCGUGUAUCCUCAAACUGUCAUAAUCCCAAAAUGCUUCUUCCUGAUAACCCAAACCACAACCUGCUCAGCCCUCCGCUCUGUAAUGCAAACAGCCACAUGCCAGGCUCACCCAUCCACCAGCAUGCAGGGAGGAAGUUUACCACUCAAGAAAGAUCAAUGUCAAGAGGCUUGAAUCCAAACUUGAAUGUACCCCUGGAUUUCGGCAGUAUUGUUAACCUGAAAGAGCCACAAUCCCAACAGUCUCGCUUAAAGCAAUGGACUGCCCCGGAAAGCCUUCCUAUUAAUUCCCCUCUAGAUCAAAACUCCAGCAAACAUGGUGCUACUUCAAGUGGUCUUAGUAUUUGUUCUGGAAAGUUGCUUGAAGAAUCUCCUUUUGGUCACUUUGACAUUUCCAUGAAGUCUCUGGCCAGUCCUCCUGGAUCUGUUGGAGAUGGCUGGCCAAGUGCCAAAUCACCCAGUGAUAAGCUCUCUAGCAAUGUUAAUUGGCCACCAGAAUUUCGUCCUGGUGAGCCGUGGAAAGGUUAUCAAAACAUUGACCCUGAAACUGACCCUUACGUCACGCCUGGCAGUGUAAUGACCAAUCUGUCGAUCUCUACUGCCCGGGAUCUUGACCUCCUCAGGGACAGGAAUAAUAUAGGGUCAUCCUCAUCUAUGAACACCACGCUGCCUUCAACUAGUGCCUGGUCCCUUGGUGGUGCCUCCAGCUACAAUAGUUCCCUCAGCAGUACAGCACAAAGCACUCCAGCCAGAAUUGGUGACCCCAAAUCCACCUGGUCUACUGGGCCAAUUACCAAUGCUUCCCUUGCUCACGAACUGUGGAAAGUCCCCCUGCCACCCAAAAACACUACCGCUCUGUCCCGCCCACCACCAGGGCUGACCAAUCAGAAGCCUUCGUCCUCAUGGGGCAACAGCUCGCUGCGCAUGGGUGGAGGAUGGGGGACUUCAGACUCCAGAUACAACCCUGGUCCUAGCUGGGGCGACAUCAGCUCAGGGAGAAUAACAAAUUGGCUUGUUCUCAAGAACCUCACGCCUCAGAUUGAUGGCUCCACCUUGCGUACACUGUGCAUGCAGCACGGCCCACUAAUAACAUUCCACCUUAACCUGCCCCAUGGAAACGCUUUGGUCUGUUACAGCUCGAAAGAAGAGGCAGCCAAGGCUCAGAAAUCUCUGCACAUGUGUGUUUUAGGGAACACUACCAUUCUUGCUGAGUUUGCCAGUGAAGAUGAGAUUAAUCGCUUCUUUGCACAAGGCCAGUCGUUGACGCCCUCUCUAGGCUGGCAGUCUCUGGGAUCCAGCCAGAACCGUAUUGCAUCCAUCGACAGUUCCCACCCGUUCUCAAACCGCAACGAUCUCAAUCACUGGAAUGGGGCUGGGCUGUCAGGAACUGGUAGUGGAGACCUCCAUGGCACUUCACUCUGGGGCACUCCCAAUUAUUCCACUAGCCUAUGGGGAACCCCGAGCAGCAACGAUAUGCGGGGAAUCGGCAGCCCCUCCCCCAUCAAUGCUUUCCUCCCUGUUGAUCAUCUUGGAGGUGGAGAGUCCAUUUAAACUUUACUCAUGACUCAAACUGUGACCUCGACAUGAAAAGCAGCACUAAUCGGACUUUUCACCCACAACACGAGAGAGACGGAGAAAAGGGGUCACCUGUGGAAAUGUUCCGUUCUGCACCUUUAUUUCCACUUUCUUUUAGCCCAGUACAUAUCAGUUUUAAUACUUGAAUCAUGCAGGUCAAUAGUUUAAAAAAUGUGAAAAGUAUAUAUUUAUACUUCCAGAUAGUGCUAUCCAUUAAAAAAAAAAAACUGCUUCAAAUGAGCUAGUUGUGUGCACUCAUCAUGUUUAUUCCUUAAAUUCCAAAACUAUUUUGAGUUUGGUGAUGUUUGGAAUGUGAAAUCUGCACUGAGUAUAGUCUCCCUGUCCAAUUGGCAAUAGGGCGGGGUGGGGUGGGGGACGGGGUGGAGAGGGUAGUUCAAGUGUAAAUGUUUACUCAAAUGUUCUUUUAGCAAGGAAAUGGCAAAAAAGGUGUGCUCUUUAAUAUGCCUUGACAUGUACUUACCAUAACGUGGUAUUGUAGAGCAAAGUUAUCAUACUGAUCUUGCAGUUUCAAAAAGAAGUAUUGCACCAACCUGUUUCUUUCAAAAACAUUUUAAUAAGAUUAAAGAAAACCUAAAGAAUUUAAUCUCUACAGUGUGACACUGUGGCAGUAGCUGUGACUUGCAACCCCACCCUGCAAGCCAGGAGGGUACAGCACUUUCAAUAGAGCUUUCAUUUUUUUUGGAGGUGCCCUGGUUGUGCCCUCUUGUUUACAGACUUUUGAGGGGAAAUGUUUACUCUUCCAUCAUUAAUAAAAAUUGCAGAUGAAGAUGUUCUAUCUCUGGGAAUAUUGAACAGUGUUUUGACCAUGUUCUUUUUUUUCUAUUCCUCUAUAUCCUGAAACGAGAAGAGCAUGGUUCUCAGGAAAUAGUUCCCUCCCCCUCUCCCUCUUUCCCAUGUUAGAGACUUCUGGUAGUUUUGUGUAGGACCCCCUCUCCAAACUUUUAGCACUGAAUUAAACUGCUCUGUAAAAUUACAUUUGUUUUAUUUUUGCCAAGUUAACUGCUUAAAGCUGGAUUUUCCAGCUAUUGCUUUGAAAUUGCUGUCAUUUUAUGGUGAGUGAAGGUGAAUUUUGCUGACAUGUUGUAGUAUAUAUACUUUAUUUCCAACACCCUCGUCCUUUAUAUUCCCAUUAUCGAGUGGCUACAUGUAUUUUGCUAUUAUGACUGUCCAAUUGACUGUUGUACUUUAAAAAAAAAAAACUGGCUGAGAUCUGUAACUAUGCAUACUGUAACCAACUCUGAUGGUUCACAGAAUCACUGUCAUCCCCGUAAGACGCCGUUUUAAUGUUAGAAUUUGCUUCUGAGAAAAGUUCAACAGAAAACGAGUUAUUUUACACUUUGGUUUUGUCACGAAAUGUAUUUGUUCAGAGGAGACAAACCAGGACACAAUUUUAACACUGCAGACUUGCCACCAUUUCAUUGCCUUCAUUAUAACUGUCUGUUGGAAGAUGCAAACAAGUCAGUGGCUUUUUAACUGUUUACAAAUAGAAUGUGAUUGUAAAAUGUAUAAUUUGGUUGUGUUGAAUUAUGAAGUUACUUCAAAUAUUAAUAAAUCAUGACGUUUUUGGCUGCUCAGCA